AUGGUAAAACAUUCAUUCAUAGCGCUAGCUGAACAUGCUAGUAAACUAAGAAGGUCUAUUCCACCCGUGAAAUUGACUUAUAAAAACAUGCUACGGGACCCAUCGGUAAAAUAUAGGGCGUUUGCCCCACCAAAAAUGACCAAGAGAAUUUGGCCUGACAAAAGUAUUCAAAGGGCUCCGCGUUGGUUGUCUACUGACUUGAGAGACGGUAAUCAAUCUUUGCCAGACCCAAUGUCUGUGGCUCAAAAAAAAGAGUACUUUCACAAGUUAAUCAAAAUCGGUUUCAAAGAAAUCGAAGUGUCUUUCCCAUCUGCAUCUCAAACAGAUUUCGACUUCACCAGGUAUGCUGUAGAAAACGCUCCAGAUGAUGUUGGUAUCCAAUGUCUUGUCCAAUCUAGAGAACACUUGAUCAAGAGAACCGUGGAAGCAUUGACUGGUGCUAAAAGGGCCACUAUACAUACCUACUUGGCCACAAGUGAUAUGUUCCGCGAAAUUGUCUUCAAUAUGUCUAGAGAAGAAGCUAUCUCUAAAGCUGUAGAGGCCACCAAACUGGUUAGAAAACUAACCAAAGAUGACCCUUCACAACAGGCUACUCGUUGGUCCUAUGAGUUUUCCCCCGAAUGUUUCAGUGACACACCAGGUGAAUUUGCUGUAGAGAUUUGCGAAGCUGUUAAGAAAGCUUGGGAACCUACCGAAGAAAAUCCAAUCAUUUUCAACCUACCUGCUACUGUGGAAGUUGCUUCUCCAAAUGUCUAUGCUGAUCAGAUUGAAUACUUUGCAACACAUAUUACUGAGCGUGAGAAGGUCUGUAUUUCCACACAUUGUCAUAAUGAUCGUGGUUGCGGUGUCGCCGCCACAGAAUUAGGUAUUCUUGCCGGCGCCGACCGUGUAGAAGGUUGUCUCUUCGGUAAUGGUGAGCGUACAGGUAACGUUGAUUUGGUUACUGUUGCUAUGAACAUGUACACCCAAGGUGUCUCUCCUAAUUUGGAUUUCUCAGAUUUAACUUCAAUUUCAGAAAUUGUCCAUCGCUGUAACAAGAUUCCAAUUCCCCCAAGAGCCCCAUAUGGCGGUGAAUUGGUUGUUUCUGCCUUUUCUGGCUCUCACCAGGAUGCAAUUAAGAAGGGAUUUGCCAUCCAAAACAAGAAACAAGCUCAAGGAGAAACACAGUGGAGAAUCCCAUACUUGCCAUUGGAUCCAAAGGAUAUUGGACGUGAUUACGAAGCAGUCAUCAGAGUCAACUCUCAAUCCGGUAAGGGUGGUGCUGCUUGGGUCAUUAUGAGAUCUCUAGGAUUAGAUGUCCCAAGACCAAUGCAAGUUGAUUUCUCCAAUACUCUACAAAAGAAUGCGGAUGCCUUAGGGAGAGAAUUAAAAUCCGAAGAGAUUACAAAAUUGUUUAAGGAAACCUACAACUACAACAACAAUGAACAUAUAUACGUCACUUUGUUGAAUUACGAAGUUAAAAAAUUGAACCCAGAACGUAGAGCCCUGGUGGGCCAAGUCGAAAUUAAUGAUAAAGUUGUCAACAUCGAAGGUUACGGUAAUGGCCCUAUCUCUUCUCUCGUGGAUGCCCUAUCCAAUUUAUUGAACGUUAAAUUGAGCGUCCAAAACUACUCUGAACAUUCUUUGGGCUCUGGUUCCGCAACUCAAGCAGCAUCUUUCAUAAAUCUUUCUUAUAUAAAGGACAACAAUCAUCAUGCUGCCAGUAAUAUGUGGGGCGUUGGUGUCUCCGAAGACACCGGGGAUGCGUCUAUUAAGGCGGUAUUUGCUACUGUUAAUAAUAUCAUUCAUUCCGGGGACGUUUUACUGGCAGAUUAA